AUGGACCCUCUAUCUACAGCGCCAGCUAGCAUAACCUCGCUCUCUUUCGAGAGAACGCCGAAUCUGGCGUUCAUUUCGGCUCCAGUCACCAUGGGGGUCUUCAUUUAUUACGAAUGGACUCAAUCGGACUAUGACGGGUUCUCCUGUGCUGAAAACUACGGUACAUCGUAUAGCAAUCUGUUCUUUGCAGACUGCGAUGGCCGCGGGAAUCUCUACUGCAUGAGUUUAGUCCUCGUCAAAGUUCUGUGUUUAACUGAAGCUUCCUCAAGUCUCGAUAUAUUCACAUUUAUAGCCAAUAGUUGCAAUUAUGUCUUAUCUUCAACAUGA